AUGAUCCGGAGGCUGUUAGCCAGAUUUAGAGGAAUGAUUUUUGGUUUAUUUUUUGGCUUUGGACUUGCUGUGCUUUUUGUGACAUGGAGAGAUGAUGCUUUCUACAUCAAAGAAAAGCUGAUUAUCGAGGAUUACGGAGGAGAUAGCGGGGUUAAUUCUGCACCGUUGCUGACACAAGCUGAAAACAGCGAACCAAAGGAUCUACUUCGCACUGAACCAAGAGAAAACGAAAGAACAACUACAGAUGAUGAUGGCACAGAUUCACAGAACGACUUGUACAAAGCUUAUGGUCACGUACACAGUAUCUUGUUUUUUAUUGGAUAUCCGCGUAGUCGUCACAGUCUUCUUGGCUCCUUAUUGGAUGCACAUCCACACAUGGUGGUUUCCGAUGAGGCAAUGGCUUUUCCAAGAUGGAUAGGAGGUCUCCAAACGUGGCUAAAUGGUUCGAUAUACGCUUUUUAUGAUACGUUAUUUGGAGCUUCGCAGAGCGCAGUUGCUCACGGUAGACGCUCGCGUGUAUUUGAAGGAAGAGUAGUGAAUGUGACUUCUCCAUAUUCGUACUAUGUACCAAAUCAAUGGCAGGGCCAGUAUGAUCAGUAUAUCAAGGUGAUCGGAGACAAGUCAGGUGCCUUUACGGCGGGAGCAAUGAGGAAAGACAAAGCCGUUGAUGCAGUUCGACUCCUAGAGAAAGCCGCCGGCGCAAAGGUGAAGUUUGUUCAUGUUGUGCGAAAUCCAUUCGACAAUAUUGCAACCAUGGUUCUGCAAGAUGCUAGAGUCAAAAAAAGGGAAGUGGGAAAACACGAAACGAAGGUUAAAGCUUCUUAUAUAUUGGACGAGAGUAUAAGUCGUUAUUUCGGCUGGGCAGCAGGUUGUAACAAGGCCAGGCAAGCGUUUCCAGGCAGUGUUAUCGACAUUCCAAGUCUAGAAAUUGUCAAGAACCCUGCCGACACUCUGAGAAAAAUCUGCAAAUUCCUGAGCAUCUCUUGUUCAGAGCGUUAUAUACAGGACUGCGCAGCCACUGUAGAUCCAGUCCCAUCAAUGACACGUGACUUAAUAGAGUGGACCACUGAACAAAAGAACCGCGUUUACGAAGAAAUGAAAAAAUACUCCUUUUUUGACGGCUACUCAUACGAUCAAUAG